AUGGAUGAAGAACAUGUCAAGUCCAAAACUUCUCUCUUAGCUCUCUUCAAAUCAUCACCUUCAUCUUCCUCAUUAUCUUAUUCUUCUUCUUCUUCAUACACCACUGAAAAUGCUAUCCAUUCAUUCACUCCGGUUCGAACCCGGUCCAACGCUUACGUGGCAGAAAAUGAAGCAAUUGAAUUUGAAAGCAUGGGAAUGAGAUUCUUCAACGAUAUUUUCGGUCACGGCGGAAUACUGAAAUGGAAAGAUGUAGAAAAACGGUUCAACCAAGUGGCUUGGACCGGGAACGCUCCUGAACCGGUUAUUUCAUGGCCCGAAUUCGGGUUUUGCAUUGGGAUAGGGAUGCAAUCAUCACCAGAAUUGGCUAGAGAGUUGUUAAGAGCAUUAAGAGGAUGCAAGGAUUGGAAAUCAGAUAUCACAAAAACUGAAUUGCAUACUUUUUGGUUACGGAUGAAUGAUGAUUCUUUUAACUCAAGAAUGCGAAUGUUCUUUGACAUGUGUAAUAGAAACAUGGAUGGAAGAAUUACUGAGACAGAUAUAAAACAGACAAUAUUAUUAACCGCUUCCAUAAAUAAGCUAUCGGUGACACGUGAUGAAGCAGAAGAUUAUGCAGGUUUGAUAAUGGAAUCUGUGGACAAGAAAAACAAAGGCUACAUUGAGAUAUGUGAAAUGGAGAGUGUAUUGAAGGCAAGUUUAUUAAAGGAACAUUCUCCAGCGAUGAAAUUAAAAGAAAUGAUUAUACAAGAGGAGAGUGAGGAAUAUGAAGAAGAACAAGAAAGAAUGUCGAAAACAGAAGUGUUGUUUAGAACAUAUUGGAGACGUUGUUGGGUUGUUAUGGUUUGGUUGAUUGGUUGUUUUGGUUUGUUUGGUUGGAAAUUUGAACAGUAUCGUAAAAGAUCAGGUUUUGAAGUUAUGGGUUAUUGUCUUCCAACAGCUAAAGGUGCUGCUGAGACAUUGAAGUUCAAUAUGGCUCUUGUUCUUCUUCCUGUUUGUCGAAACACAAUCACUUGGUUGCGAAAGAAUCGUCGUCUUAACUAUGUUGUUCCUUUUAAUGACAACAUUAACUUUCAUAAGCUUAUUGCAGGAGGAAUAGUGGUGGGUGUGAUAUUGCAUGGUGGGACACAUCUUACAUGUGAUUUUCCAAGAAUUAGUGAUUCUGACAAAUCAAUUUUCCGGCAAACAAUAGCGGCAGGAUUUGGCUACCACCAACCUACCUACAUGGAGAUUUUGGCCACAACAGAAGUAGCUAGUGGGAUUGGAAUGGUGGUGUUAAUGGCCGUUGCGUUUUCACUUGCAACGAAGUGGCCAAGGCGUCGUUCGACUGUGUUGCCUUUGUCCCUCAGAAGGGUAACUGGUUACAACACCUUUUGGUAUUCUCACCAUCUGUUUGUUCUUGUCUAUGUAUUGCUCAUUGUUCACUCCAUGUUCUUGUUCCUAACCGACAAAUGGAUCGAGAAAACGACAUGGAUGUACAUUGCUUUUCCUGUUUUAUUGUACGUCGGAGAGAGGAUCUUUCGAGCCAUUAGAUCAGGAUCUUAUGAAGUUGAUAUUAUGAAGGCUAGUCUCUAUCCAGGAAAAGUUCUGCACCUCAAAAUGCAAAAACCAGACGGUUUUAAGUACAGAAGUGGCAUGUAUAUAUUCAUCCAGUGCCCCCAAAUUUCGCCCUUUCAAUGGCAUCCAUUUUCCUUGACAUCAGGACCACAAGAUGAGUACCUCAGUGUGCACAUUAGAACUCUCGGUGACUGGAGCUACCAAAUAUAUGCUCUAUUCCAAGAGGCAGUGUUGUCUGGGUUACAAGGGUGUCCAAAACUGUACAUAGACGGCCCUUAUGGUUCUGCUUCUCAGGACCAUGUAAAGUAUGACAUUCUAGUACUUAUUGGUCUUGGCAUCGGAGCCACGCCUUUCAUUAGCAUCCUCAAAGAUGUUGCUAAUGGUGUCCAGAUGACGGCACAGACUGAUCAUAGUGGUCUCAGAGAAUGCAGCUUAACAAAGGAUUCACCUUCAAAAGCUUAUUUAUAUUGGGUUACAAGAGAACAAAACUCCUUUGAUUGGUUUAGAGAUGUAAUCAAGGAAAUUGCAAGUUCAACCAAACAACAGUCGGUUGUGGAGAUGCAUAAUUUCCUGACUAGUGUAUAUCCUGAGGGAGAUGUUCGUUCGGCUUUACUAAGUGUCAUUCAGGCAUUAAACCAUGCCAAGAAUGGCAUCGACAUAGUUUCUAGGACUCCUAUACAUACACAUUUUGCUCGACCAAAUUGGUUCAACAUAUUUUCCAGAUUGGCUCGAAAACAUGUAGGAGCUAAAAUUGGAGUUUUUUAUUGUGGACCAUCUAACCUAGCAACAGAAUUGAAGAAUUUGUGCACCAAAUUUUCCACCAAAACCACAACUAGAUUUGUUUUCCACAAGGAAAAUUACUAA